AUGUCUUCCGAUGCUGAUGCUCUGGAAACGCCGGUUGACAUCCCGAAAAAACAGAAAAAGUUAAGGCCUGCUCGCAAACAAGUCAAGCCAGGCGACGUGGAGAAGAAGGAAGCCCCCCAAACUGGCAAAGAAUACAAUAUCUGGUACAACAAAUGGGCAGGAGGUGAUCGUGAGGACAGCUACUCCAACAAGGUCAAGUCUCAGACCCGCUGCCACAUCAAGAAAGAUGCCGGUAUGACACGCGCGAACAUGACCGGCGUAAAGUACUGCUGUCUCUUCUUCGCGCGCGGGUGCUGCCCAUACGGCUGGGAAUGCGAGUACCUGCACCAGCUGCCAGAUGCGUCGAUCGCGUUGCCGGACACUUCAAAAGAUUGCUUUGCGCGCGACAAGUUCGCAGACUACCGAGACGACAUGGGUGGUGUGGGUAGCUUCCAGCGGCAGAACCGCACGCUGUACAUUGGGCGGAUCAAGGAGACAGGAACGGGUACGGAGACGGAGGAGGUUGUGCGGCGACAUUUCAAGGAAUGGGGCGAGGUCGAGAAAAUCCGUGUGCUGCAGUACCGGAGCGUCGCGUUUGUGACGUACGUCUCUGAGUUCAACGCGCAAUUCGCCAAAGAGGCGAUGGCGUGCCAGUCCCUCGAUAAUGACGAAAUCCUCAAUGUCCGCUGGGCAACCGAAGACCCGAAUCCCGUGUCAAAAGUGCAAGAGAAGCGACGCCUGGAGGACAUGGGCCGCGAGGCAAUCCAAGCACGCAUGGACCCCCGCAUCAUCGAUGCCGUUCGGGCCGUUCAGGCGCUGGAAGACGGCGCGAUCGACGAAGACGAGCAAGGGCAAGAGGAGGAGGACGGUGCACCAGAGGCGAAGAGGCGACGCGCAGACGCGUUGGAGGGUCUCAAAUACUUCGCUGAAAUACGAAGACGGAACGGCAUUGCCAUCGUGCGGAGUGCGCCAUUGCAAAAGCCACCAUCAGAGGGGCUGGGGCUCGCGGACUAUGGAAGUGACGAGGAUUGA